AAAGAUACUGUUGCGCAGACCAUGAAGUGCGUUAAAGGCAGUGCUGCAUUUAAAGACACUUCCUUCCACCUGCUGGCUUGUGCCUGAAAUGUGAUGACCAAGGAGUCCUCAACAGCUCAUAAAGAAAGAUGGAUCGUAAUGAUGAGAGAAUCAAAAGAGCUUUAAGACGCCGCCCUUAUGUGUUGAAACCAGUGAGGGUGAACACCCCUGAUUCCGUGUUGUGGCCAACCGGCAAGGUGCACAGAAGGCCAAAGCCUUCUAAUUCAGUGCAGACCCCUCAGAUCCACAAAAGGCCUCCAAUCAUUGUGAGCUAUGGGCAGGACCAGACAUCUGGGGAUGGAUGGAGCAUCAAUCUAGAGCCUCUCAGCCAGUCUGGAAGGGUGACUCGGCUGAUAGAGAGAAAAUAUCAUGACGUGAUCUCAUCCUCCAGUUCUGAUGACUUUUCCAUCUACUCCUUCACUGACUGUGAAUCUGAGUGUGAUGAUGAGGAUCAUGAAAGGAGGACACCAAAGCUGAAAGUUGAGAAUGGAAAGGAGACAAAGCUUGAUGUGAGGGACAUGGACGAGGAUGAUGAUCUGUCUCUCCACUCCUUCGAUGAGUCAGACUUCCUGAGCCCAGGGAAGGUCUCAGGUCCUGUAUCUGUCAAGAAUGGCCUCUCUCCUCUUGUAACCUCAGCACACCGGACACUGGCUGAAGCCCUACGGGCCCUGCCCUCUGCUGUAGGCUCUCCCUACCCAGUAAAUGUUCCAAGGCCUCGGACUCCUCUCAACCCUGUCCCAUACCGCCACAGCCCUCGCCUGGCUCCCAUCACCAACCUGAGCGAGACCGGCAGGAAGCUGCUCCAGGAAAUGGCUGGAGUGACCCCACAGGAAGGGAAGGUCAAUAAGAAAAAGAAGAGCAAGGCCAAAAAAGAAUUGAAGCAAGAGAAGGCCAGUAAGACGAAACAGAUGGGAAAUGUUGGAGAAAGUAAGGAGGAGGACAAGAAAGAGGAAAAGAAGAGUCUGAGGAAGAGGUUUCUUCAGUGGCUGCUGUCCAAACUGAGAUGUUCAAAGAAAUAAUGGACAACUAUUACUUCUAACACACACACACACACAGAUUUUGAGUAUUGGUUAUUCCUACAACACACACAAAUGUAAUUUCAGAGACAGGAACUAUGAUUAGCAAAAUACAUAUAUUGGUCUCAUUCUUAUAUUUUGAGACAUGCAGCAUUAUUUAAAUAAAACAUAUAUAUUGAUCCCCAUACAGCCUAUGAUAAUGAAUUGGAUUUACAUGCUUAGGCUUGGAAAUAUAGCCAGGAGAAGCAAAGGACAGCACCAACCUUAGGGCAGUGUCACUGGUAUUGGGGUCAUAGGUCUCCUUUGGCCAAAGUGAAGAGUUGAGGGCCCCUUACUGGUCUCCUUGCAAUAUCUGGUCUCCCACACAGAGAUGGAAAUCUACACCUGUUUAGACCCUGGAGGAUAUGGCUUCAGAUGAAAGACAGCAGAGAGAUGCAGAACGUAAAAGUUUCAAACACAUUGAUAUGCAAAUUCAGGACCAUUAUACACUGAAGUGGAGCAUGCAUCUGGUCUGAAGCAUGUCAAAAGAGUAGAAAUGAACUGGGACUGGAGGAAUACAUCACAUUUAAACUAAAUUAUCAUGUAUCUGAUUUAGCUACACUUAUCUGUACUUGAAUUGUGCUGUUUGAAAAGUGCAUUUC